GGAAAAUUAGCACGCGUGAUGGCAACCUCUGCCACCCCUGUCCCAGAGGGAGAAGGAUGACGAUGAGGAGCUCUUAUAUAAAGGAGGGAUGACAUUUUGGAUCCUCAGAAGAAGGUAAGAAUUCACAGCAGUUCUUUCCCGCAGUUAUAGCAAUGAAUCAUCAGGUGUUUUUGAUCACGUUUGUUCUUGCCGGAGUCGCUACUGCCGACCUGAUACGGUCUUUCACUAACAACGCACAACCCCAAAACCCAAAUCCAAACAAUGUAGAUCUCUUAGGAAACAAAUUUCAACCUCAACUUCCCAACGACGGGCAAGCUGGGAGUCAGCCUCAGGUUCCCAGCUUAAAACACGCCGAGCAAGCUGGGGUUCAGCCACAGUUUCCUAGCUUAAGCAUCGCAGGACAAGUUGGGAUUCAGCCUCAGUUUCCCAGCCUAAAACACACCGGGCUAACUGGGCUUCAGUCUCAGUUUCCCAGCUUAAAACACGCCGGGCAAGCUGGGGUUCAGUCUCAGUUUCCCAGUUUAGGCAAUGCAGGACAAGCUGGGAUUCAGCCUCAACUUCCCAGCUUAAACACCGCCGGACAAGCUGGGGUUCAGCCUCAGUUUUCCAGCUUAAAAAACAACGGACAAGCUGGAGUUAAGCCUCAUUUUCCCAGCUUAAACAACGAUGGACAAGAUGGGGUCCAGCAUCAGUUACCCUCAACAGACAACCGCAGUCCGCUGGGAGACAAUAUGCAACCCAGCCUUGUGCAGAGCUGCGGCGGGACAGCUGAUGUAGAUCUCUCUCAGGUCAAGAUUACUGGAUGUGACCCUAAUUAUUCUCACUGUCGGUUAAUCAGAGGCAAAAGUGCAAAGAUGAUUUUGCCAUUUAUUCCAGCAAGGAGCACAACAAGACUGCAGCCUGUUGUUCAUGGACUCUUAGCAAACAUCAUACCAAUUCCCUUUGCAAUCCCUGAAAGUAAUGGUUGUAAGAAUUCUGGGCUGUUGUGUCCACUCCUUCCAGGCAGUAUUCAGACAUAUGUAGCAGAGCUGCCAGUUCAGCAAAAUUACCCAAAGAUAAGAAUUGGAGUCAAGUGGCAGCUCGUAGAUGACUUAAACAACAAUAUGGUUUGCAUCACCUUCCCAGCAGAGCUCACAGACGAAUAACAUUACAACCUUAUAUUCAAGUGAACAACAGCGAAGACAAUCUUGUAGAGGACUGUGAUGACAAAUACUCCAUCUCUCUUCAAUAUCACUGGCUAACCCUAAACAUGAAUCACUCCUUGAAAAACUCACUUCAUAAUACGUACUGUAAAUGGAAUGGAAAUACUAAAUUUAGGCUGGAAGCCAAGCAAUGGCAAUUCAUGAUGAAAUGCAUCAUUUAUUUCCUUAUGAAAGAAAAGGAACACAUUGUACCUCUCACUAUCCUAAUUCAGUUUAAUAAAACUAAAAACAGUAA